AUGUUGCAACCAAAGGGUGAAGGUGGAGAAGAGAACCCUAACUUCAAGUGGGGACUUAAGAAAGCGGUGGGGCGGACUGAUAAAACCGUUAGCUUUUACGAAUCUUUUACCUAUGAGGACAUUGAGUACCGCCUCUUCGACUGUGCUUACUUCCAAAUCCAAGGUCAAUGCGAGACCUCUAUCGGGAAGCUUAUCAGGAUGUAUGAGACAUCGGCAGGUGAGAAGAAAGUGAAGGUGCUCUGGUUUUUCCGGCCUAUGGACAUUCGCAGCUACUUGAGAGAUUAUGUGCCGCAGUGGGAUGAGUUGUUUCUUGCUUGUGGUGAUGACCCUGGGGUUUACAAUAUCAACGAUGUUGAUACAAUCUUGGGGAAAUGCAGUGUUGUGUGCUUAUCUGAUGAUCAAAGAAACCCACCACCAGGGAGAAGGGAGCUCAGGAACGCUCGCUAUUUCUUCUCCCGCACCUUUGAUACGAAGCUGAAGAUUAUUUCUGAGGACUUUGCAGAUGCAAUAGCUGGAGUUAAAGUGCAGGAUUUCUUCAACAAGAGAAUGGAUAAGGAGGCUCUAAAACGCCUAAACUCAAACGCAGCUCCGGUGAAAUCUUUUUGUUCAGAGUCGCGGUUGGAAAAAAACUAUGACAGAGAUGGAAAGCUGACGUGUAAAACAAGUCCAGUAAAGAAAGAAUUAUUGGCUGAUCGUGUACAUGUGAAGAAGAACCCUCCUGUCAGUGCUGAGAUCACUUCAAGAGGUCUGAAACACAAAACCACACCAUUAGGGAGUCCAGUUGGUUCAGGUUCAUCAGGUGAUCAAAAACCUUUUAAAAGGAGGAAGCUUCUACUCAAUACUCCAGAUUCAGAUUGUUGCCCUGAUCCAGGAGAGAAGAAAUUCAACAAAAAUCCGCCUCUUGUAGACAAAGCUCAAAGUCAGUCAAUUGUAGAGAAAGCUCGUCAGAUUACUAAUUUCGAGGAGGAACUAAAAGAAGCUAUUAAAACAGAAAGGUUGGUCUUGUUUGAAAACCUGGAGCCAUCAUACACAUCGGUGGAGGUGGAGAAUCUUUGUAGUCAAGCUCUCAAGGAACGUGUUGAUGCCAAGAUGAUCCCAGCAAAUCUUGUCUCUAACCCACAUAUUGGGAGAGCUCUCGUGAUCUUUGAAACCAAAAAGGCAGCUGAGAAGGCCAUGUCUCGGUUAGCCAGAGGGUGCCUGAUGUUAGACGACCAGAGGCCUCUAUUGGGUAGCAGAGAUUUCCCAAAGGAAGUCGGAGAAUGUGGAAGCUUUACUGGACAUCAGAGGCUGGUGGAUAGAGCUCAGAUGUCGAUAGAGAAGAGAAAGGCCGUUUCUACAGCACACUGCACGCAGCCAAACCACAUUGUACACGAGAUGGCGGUGGAAUGGAAAGCUCUGAAUGCAAAGUCAGAAUGGAAAUGGACGAGGUUAUUAGAGGAAGAAGCCAAGGAAAUUAACAUCAUCUUCAGGAGUAAAAACGCAAGAGGAUAGUAGGAGUACGAUGCACGUCCAUUGUCUCAGGAGCAUAAGAGAGAUCACAAUUUCGGAUUUUGGUUUAGGUUUUUGGAACAUAAGUUAAUACCAAGCCCCUUUUGUAUCUUUGGGUGGCAUUGACUUAAUACUCUUACUCGCACUGAUGCUCAUUUCGGAAUUAGGACAUAGGGGUGGUACAUAAACGAUUUGGCAGCUUUUAUUGUCGUUGAAACUUUGUUGCCAGGGAAGGAAAACAC